AAAACUAACCAAUCAUCCAGCAGCUUUGAUCUGACAGUGGCAGUUUCCCGGAAAGCUAGGUAAAGUUAGCCAGUGGUGGCUAGCCAGGUGAAUUAAAGUGAACCACCGAGGAACUGAUGAAUUUAGCCGUCUUUAAAAAGUUAGACAGACCUGUUUCCUUCAGAUUUAACGAGCGGAGGAAGUGCUACGCGGAUUUAAAAGUAGAUUAGAGAUGGAGGGAGAUGGCUGCAGUUUUCUUCCAGAUCUGUCAGAUGAUCAUUCGCAAAGAGGAAGUGUUGCUUCCUCUGCAACUCUUUCCCGUGUUCAGGAGGUGCUUGUGUACUUGUGUGGUGACAGCGCAGUGCACUUGUCUUUGGAGUCUCUCUGCAGUGUCACGGUGCAGGAGCUGGGCCGCAGUGUUCGUGAGGCCCUCCAUGUUCCAGAGUCUUUGCACGACGCUUUUGCCUUCUGGCUUUGUUCCCCAUUGCUUGAGCUGCAGUUGAAGGCGAGGCAUCAGCCGUACAAACUAUGUCGUCAGUGGAAGGACUUGUUGUAUCGCUUCACUGAGGCGUCAGAGGACGACAUUGCACAAGAUGAACCGUUUCUCCAGUACAGACGGAACGUGUUUUACCCCAAAUCUAAAGAGCUGCAGAUUGACGAUGAGGGGGUGUUGAGACUCCUGUACGAAGAGGCCAAGAGUAACAUCCUGAGCGGUCGAUACCCCUGCGACCCCGAGCACUGGACCGGGCUGGGAGCUUUGUCGUUUGCUCUGGAGGAGGGAACCACCGUGGACAGCAGUCAGUUCUCCAGCACCGUGAGGGAGAAAAAGCUGACUUCCUUCCUGCCGGAGCACGUCGUGUUGGGGAGCGGCGGUCUGCUGUCCACGCUGCGCGGAAAGUCGAGCCGCCAUGCCAGGCUGGAGCACAAACUCUCCGAGGAGUACGGGAAGAUCUGCACAUCCGCAGGGAACUCUCCGGAUCCCACGCAGCUCCUGCAGCAGUACCUCAGCAUGUGUCACCGUCUGCCUUAUUAUGGGUGCGCUUUCUUCUUCGGGGAGAUUGACAAACCGGCGGCGGGGAUCCUCCAGCGGGGAAAACGCAAAGCUGUCAGCGUUGGAAUCUGCUUGGAUGGAGUUUAUGUGAUCGACAUGAAGGAGAAGCAUGUUCUGCUCGGCCUGCGCUUCAGCGAGCUCUCCUGGGACCACACCUACCCCGAAGAGGAGGGAGACUCGCACAUUCUGUGGCUGGAGUUUGACGGAGAAGAAGAUGGCACUCCUGUCAACAAGCUGCUGAAGAUCUACUCCAAACAAGCUGAGCUCAUGAGCGGUUUCAUUGAGUUCUGCGUGGAGCUGAAGUCUACCUCUGAGGGAGGAGCUGCGGCCCAGUCUGACGGCGGGGAGAACCCGUCUCAGUCCAAGCAGCCCGGCGCGCAGGACGGCCGCGACCGGAACGGGCGAGGGGGACGCCGCGCGAUGCUGCAGAGACAGCCCAGCGUGGUGUGCAGUCGGGUCGACGCGCUCAACACCAUCAGCUACGUGGCCGACGGCAAAGAGAUUAAACGGUUGAAGCCGAAAAGAGCCGCGUCCUUCUUCAGCCGUCAGGGAGCCUCCACCUACUCUGCUGUGCAAGGAGCGGAGAGCCUGGAGCAAGGUUAACGUCUGCUUCCUCCACAAGACCAAAUCGGAACAUUUUACACUGAAACUUUAUAGACUAACUGAGAUCUUUGAAUGCUAUUGUGUAAAAACAUGCAAAGGACCAACAGAGAGCUCUCCAAGUGUUAAUAUAUUUAUCCUCAAUAUUCAAGAAGAGUUCAGAACUCAAUCAGAUAACUUGAUUCAAAGCUUGAACUGAAGAGGUUUUAGGUAGAGACCGUCUGAUGAGAGACGCCGUCGCAUUUUUGAAGAAAUCAACUCCACUGAUGAAUUUUUCUAAAACAAAAAAACGCUUCAUGUAACACUAACCUGCUCUCACGGCUCCUCAGUCAGCAUGACGACGACUUUCUAGGGCUUAUCUGCAUCUGUCUGUUCACUAUUCUGCUUUUUCAAACUGCCAGUGCCUUGUUCUCAUCGAAGGGGCGAAGCCAGCUCAGAGAAGUGCUGGUAUCAGUAUUAUGUGCUCACUGGUAUGGGUACACAUUGGCUGUGCUGUGGAGGAUACUUGUAAGUACUCCUUCAGAUUUGAAGCAUUAAUACUUGCAGGAGGUCGAUUUCUUUAUAUGAUUCUGAGGGUUGAGCAGAAAGAUAUUUUCUUGUAAUCAGCUGAAGAAACGAGAAAAGCAUUUUUCUAAAAGGGAAAUUCUAAAAAGUAAAAAUUGACAUUAAAACGACUUUUCUGUCAUUUUAAAACCAUCAUAAUUUUACAUGAAGACUUGGAUCGAACUCUGACAUUCGUGACUAAAAUGCUGGACCUGAUAAGCAGAUGGAAACUGAUGCAAUACUUUGCCAUUUCUCCAGUGAGAGGAACUUCUUCAGAAUCUUUUGUCACGUUUUUUCUUAACACAAAAUGAGGUCUUUUGGAACAGAAACUAAAACCUGAUCUUUGUAUCAAAUUCAUUUUUAGGCUUGAGUCUUCCUUUAGGUUUUAUUCCGUCUUGGCAGAAAGACGACGAGCCUUCAGUUUCUGUGAGAUUCGUCAUCUUUUUCUGUGUGUUCGGACAUGGAUCAACUUUUGACCGUGCUGCAGUAUUCUCAGGGCUCUGGUCAGACGGUCUUUUUAUUUCACUUACGAAGGCUCCAAAGUGAAAUGACCCGGCUAUAUUCAGCCUCAGAUCGUCCGUCACUGUCUGCUUUAACACAGAGAACACUGGACGGCCUUCUAUCAAAGUAAGGAGACCCUCUAUUUCUGGUGACUCAAACCUUCCAGUCAUCAAUUCAAGCUAUUAACAGCUUUCAUUUAUUAAGGAUUUUUUUUUCUUUAUAUUUGUGUAAUUUCUUUUAAGCCCUAAAAUCUCUUCUGCCAUCUUUCACUAAAUUAAGAUGUUUUAUUUAAAAGCCCAAAUCUUUUUUCCCCACUUAUAUCUCUCAUUCAUUCAGUCAAAUCAUCAAUUUUUCUUAAUUUGCAGACAUAUUUAGAAGUCCAAAAAUAUGGAUUUAUUUAUUUCAUCCAGCUUUUCUGUGCAAUUGCUGCAUCUUAACACUGGGAAAUUCAAAUUAACGAACAAUUGUGUGUAAAAAAUUAUAGCUGAAAUAUGUUGAGUCCUUAGUAAAUAGUUGCAUCUGAUAAGAAAGGCAAAAUAUUUUUUUGUUUGUUUAAUUUCACCUCGUUUAUAUAAGUCAGUUUUCCUAGCUGAUAAGUGACUCCUUAAAUUUUCCCGAUUUGAUUAUUUUUGUGUUUUUUUUCUUUGCCAUCAUCUCUCUUCACUAAACUAGAAUAAAAGCUUCACAUUUUUGUGUUUUUUUUUCCACCUGAGCAGCGUUUUGCAUUCCUCCUGCUCCUCCUCAGCACACACAUCUCUCCAGGUCUUGAACAUCACAGCUGCAGUCUGUAAAAUGUCCACCUACACUAUGCAUGUCUCAUUGUUGAACAGGCAUUCCAGCAGUCAAUCAUGUGCACUACUAAUACAUAUUUAUAUCUUUAUAAACCUUUUCCAUCCGACUGUUUUGUACAGUGAGUUCACUUUUAUGAGAAUAGAUAUUACUUUCUAUCUUCGUAUACUUGUAUUUGUAUACAAAAUGAAAAAGCUAAUCCUGGUUAAGCGUCGUCUGUCACUUUGCAAAAGCUUAAAGUGCCUUUUUCUUUGUACCAAGCUGGUCUGUGAAUGAUUGUUUUCGGCGUGCAAAUCAGAAACUGUCUUGUUUUUGUGGCAUUUGUUGUGUUAUCUAGUUCCCUCAUCAUGAUAUAAAAGUAAUUAUUUUUAAUCAAAUACAUUGAAGUGUUUAAUGUAGUUUUGGGCUCCGUGUUUUUUCCUUUUUGUGUAAUAAAUAAAUAUUUGUAAAGUGU